AUUUUCUUUAAUCCAAAGUAAAAAUAAGAAAAGCAGGAAAAAGAGAAAGGGAAAAAAAAAAAAAAUCCUUCUCUUCCAUUUCUCGCCUACUCUAGACUGGAGAUUCUUCCGGUUUCGAUCCAAAUCUCUUCCUAUUGUACGUCCGGUUCUAGGAUUUGCUGGAUUCUUCAAUUUUCUGUUUUAUUGCUUUCUCAGAUUAAAAGAGUGCAGCAACAAGAAGAUAAAUGAUGGCCAAUGCCUUUGCAACAUGUUACUCAAAACCAGUUGGCUAUUUGAUUACUUAGCAGGGAGCCUGGGAUAUGUAAUUUUAAGGCUUUUCAAGUGAUGACUUUUUGGUGCUGAUAAUGGAACAGACAAGUUGCAGUUCGUAUCUACUAUCCUUGUGAUGCCAUAGGAUGGAGUUGGAAUCACAGGUCUCCUUGGACACUAAUGUACAUUCUCAUACUGAGAAUACUUCAAUUCAGCAUGGGGAUACUGGCACAUCAUCAAUCCCAGAUCAUGACAAGCUACAGCAGCCAGUAAAAAAACCAACACGGCAAUGGGCUGCUUGGACUCGUGAAGAGGAGGAAAGUUUCUUCACUGCAUUAAGACAAGUUGGCAAGAACUUUGAAAAGAUAACCCGUCGUGUACAAAGCAAAAACAAGGAUCAGGUCAGGCAUUAUUAUUAUCGUCUUGUGAGGCGCAUGAACAAAUUGCUGGGACCAGGAUUAUGUCUGGAUGCCAAAAACUCCAAAGAUACUAAUGCUGCAAUGCUUAGAUGGUGGUCUUUAUUGGAAAAGUACAGUUGCAAAGCCUCAAAGCUUCACUUGAAACCACGAAGGUUUAAGAUAUUUAUAGAAGCGCUGGAAACGCAACUCUUAAAAGACCGAAAGAAGAAUGUAAGAAAACGGCCUUCUCAGGUGGAAAAUGGUUCUCCUACAGUUCCAAGCACUAUCACCAGUCAGAAUAGAGCAUCAGCGCAUGAAACUAGAACUGUUAAAUUGGUUCUGGUGGACAGUCAAAACUUGCAAAGGUUAGGAGCUGGGAAGGGAUCAUUAAAGCGCAACGUUAAUAUAGGUGUUAUCCGCAGCAACAGGGGAGACUCAACUGCAAUGAAACCUGCAAGGCAAAGACGGAAACCAGUAGGCAUUGUCUUGUCAGCUGCAUAUAAAAAGUGGGAAAAAGCUGCAAUUGCUGGGGUUUCCUUGGUUGCUGAUGCUGCUGAGCACUUGGAGCGGACAGCUACUGAUAAAGAGGGAGAAAAUGACCACCAUGUGCCAGAGCAUAAGAGUCCUGAUGCCAUUGAAAAGGGUCUGCCAUCUUUACCUUCUUUUUCACAAAAUCAUUAUGUUGAGGUCAAUGCUCAGACUAAUAUAAAACUUAAGCUCCAGCUGUUCCCAAUUGAUGAUGACACUCGAAGGGCCUUAGAAAUGGAUAAACAUAAUCCAUAUCUAGAACUGACUCUUAGUACCCGGAAAAAGAUAUCAUCGGUAUUGGAACACCUAUAUCGGAAAUGGGGCAAUUCAAGUAUAGCAUCUGGAGAGCUAAUGCUUUUCCCUUACACUGCUCAUAGAGAAAAUCUUGUCAGUUAUCAGAGAUGGACUCGAGAUUCCAUUGUCAGUGCAUCAGAUGUAUACGCUUCAAUUGGAAGCCCUCCAGUGUUCCGCUUAAGGUAUGGUUGGUUUUCCAACAUUGAAUUGGCAAAUGCGAUGCUGCAAGCACCUUCAGCAUCCAAUUUCAUUCCAGGUGGAAAUUCUGUUGACAUGGAAAGCGAAAAGAGGAAGAUUGUGGACUCCGUAUCCACAUCUGGUCUCUCAACCAAUGAUAGAUCUGAGAAAAAUAUGGAUUUCUAUAAGGAUCAGUUGUCUGCAGGAAACAAGAGUCAUGCUUCUGCACCCCCUACCACAGAUGUGCUCAAUGAUUACAUUGCUGAGGGUCCUAGAAAUAACUUUGUUGGGUCCUCUGUUCCUGCAGCAAAGGUAUCAUGGCAUGAAAAUGAGAUUGGCAAUAAGACAAAUAUGAGACAAUUACAUGAUGCAGGCGACCAGAAACUGUGCAAUGGCAUUGCAUCAUCUGCUGGGGAAUGGGCCGACAGCCUCACCAACAUUAGCGUUGGAGAUUUACUGUCAGAAGUGCCUCACAAUGUAGAUCCUAACUGCAUUGAAGCACUUACCGCUCAAAGUAGCCAUUGUCUUCAAGAAAUGCCGUUUAGCUGUGAUUCAUUUGAUGCUGCCAUUGCUGCUCAUAUGUCAAGACAUCAGAGUAAGAUGGUAUUUCCUUCCACAGUGACAUCAAACACAUCUUCAAUAUGGGAUGCUGAAGAAACAUGUGAUGCCUUCUCGUUUCAAAAGAAUCAUGCUCCGCACCUGGAAAUUCCCACUUCAAUUGAUGUUGUCCCUCAAGGGGCUGACAAACAGACCAACUCAAUGGUUUCUGGUGCCUUUGUUGAGGGGUUGCCUAGUGGAGAGGGGCCUGUGGAUUAUCCUGCUGAAACUGACCCUAUGGAUGAUUGUUCAACUGAUCCACUAGUUGUAGACAAUUUGGCCAAAGAUUUCACUGGGCUAACAGAUAUCUACUGGCCUGAAUCUUUAGGACCAUUGGAUCUCGACAUACCCUCGUCCAGAUACCACAGUGAAGAGUUUCUUCUAAGUGACAGCCUAAGCGGUUUGAACCGGCUGAUUGCCAGCAGCUUGGAUGCAUUUCAAAGUUGCUCCUUCUUUGGCUUGGACAAGAAAGACUCGAUACCUGUAGUUGAAGCUCGAGAAAGUUCCUCGUUUUCAGAUUUUAAAAUUGGCAGCGGGGUUUGAGAUUUCACUAAGUUGGAUCUUGAGAGAUUCAAUUCUUAAAAAGUUUCUCGUUCUUGGAAUAUAAUGACUAAUAAUUUUCGAUUUCACUGACAGAAACAGAGUGUGAUUAGGGGGUUGGUGCAAGCCAAGAACAUUCUGGUUGCGUGUGGAAAAAGUUCCCUGAUCAUAGUCUCCAGCAUUUGUACAGAAAUAGAUUUUUCGUUCUUUAUUUCAUUACAAUCCUGUAAAUUGUUCUUCAGAACUAACUUAACUGUGUAACCCUUGUGGGCUAAAAAAACUUUAUCUGAUCUGACAUUUUUCAA